AGUUGUGUUGGCUGCUGCUGCGUCACCACUGAUACCAACAGGAAGGAAUAGUGCAGAAUUUAUGUGUAACUGCUGGGCUCGAAAGUUUCAUACACCUCUCUUGCUCCUCUUCAUUCACUCGAAUCUGUCGGCUUCAAUCCAGUGUCUUUUCAAAUGUCUGGCUCCUGUGCAACUCAUUCUUGAACCCUGCUUAUAGGGGUGUGGGGUGUGUGGGGGUAACCAGAUGGCCCUCAGUGUGUAGUUUAGAGGAGACGUGUUUGUGGAAAGGAGAGGUAAGGUAUAGACAAGCUAUGGGAUGCUGCAGUGUGACCCAGAGGCAUACGGGGACUGAUGAAGUGGGCCCAGAAGAGAUUGAACUCCUGGAAAUCGACAAUGCAGGAAUUUGGAGUCUUGCUGAAAGCAGGCUCCAAUUUUCUACAAGGAAUGGCACAGAAGAAGGUCCUCAUCGCUGUUCCUCUGUGAAGCACCCAAAGCAGGAGGACCCAGAUCCUGUCUCUGUUACUGUGAAGGACACAACAAAACACAACAACUCACAACUGGUGCUUUGGAGCUUGAAGAAAAAGGAGCUCCAUCAUAGGCUAUACACUCAGCCUAUCAGAGAAUGGGAAGGACAGGCACCACACACCUAUGGAGACAUUAUCCACUCAUCUUCAGUGUAUUUACACACUGGAGACACAAAGGCUAUGAGUGAAAGAUAUCUGGUUUUAUUUUCCUUCCAUUUGUUAAUCCUCGAUUUGGACAGCUCUAAUAAUGAUUUUAUUUAUGAGGGCAUUCUUCCUCUCUCAGCCAUUCAGGUGCGUUUGAUCUCACAGCAGGACACCAGUUCUCCACAUAUGUUUGAGAUUAACGGGCCUAUGGUGGACUCAAAGAUCUUCGUUUGUGCUACUGCUGCUGAAACAAAAGCCUGGAUGGAGAACAUCGAGGACAGGAGAUGCAAAUCCUUAAAGCAACAGCUGAGCCCAUCCCAUAGUGCUCUCUCAUACCUGGUGCCAUGUAAUGAAAACUGGAAGAGGGAGGAGCUUAAAAGGUACUUACUGCGGUCUCCCAUCUUGCAAUGGGAGGGGACGCCCAUUCAGCACAUGGGCUAUCCCAGAUACCUUUCACUGGUGCACAUCAGCAACGUAUACACACAGGACCGGCGUUUGCACGGACCUCAGGAUCGUUUGCUUGUGCUCUUCCCAUGUGACCUCCUCAUUCUGUCUCUGGACUGUCAUCGUGUACGUGUGAAAUAUGAAGGCCGUCUGCCACUGAAGAGUAUUAAAGCCAUGGAAAGAUCUGCAUUACCUGGCAGAUUGGAGUUUGAACUCACAGGAGAACUGAUGGAGCCUCUGCUUGUCUCCUGUACUUACCCUGAGGACUAUCAAAGCUGGAUCUUUCAGUUACAACAGCCUGAUAAAGUGGGAGAUUCAUUGCCACAUCACACCCCUCCACCUCUGAUACCGAAGAAGCGCAGAAGCUGA